UAUUUUUUUCCGUGGGGUUAAAAAUUAAUGGUUCAUAUACAAAAGAACACAAAAAUUCCCGAAUUCCGAACGCUGCCUCACCAGUUUCGCUCACUUUCCAGCCGUCGGAUCAUAUUUCAGUGGAUCACGGACCGUAGAUCGAGGGUUUUAUCCAGAACCACCGCCGUCGCCGGAGUUCGAGGAGCGGCGGAGGCGAUGAAAGUGGAGCUGCCAAAAACAAGGAUUGUAUUUCAGGAGCUCACUCAUUCGGAUCUGAGACUCACGCGCAGUGGAUCUCUUCUACGCUUUUCUUUUUUUCCAACUUCAAAAACCCUACACUCCCCCCUCUGAAACGGCCCACUUCAGAUAUUUAGGAUAUUCUUGGUGAAAGAUCGAGGGUAUUGUGGAGUAGAAACAAGUUGUAGCGCCAUGGUAGAUUAUUUGUUUUCGUUUUCGUGUGUUUGGAGCUUUGUUUGGUUGCGAAGAAAUAGUCGGAGUAGAGGAAAAGAAAUGAACGGUUCUUAAGUUGUGUAGCCAGCAUAUUAUCAAUACAGGAAAGCUAUGGCAUCUAAAGGUCCCAGGUCUAAACUUGAUCAUGAGACAAGAGCCAAGCGCCCAAAGAUACUUGAAGCUCCAAGAGAACCUCAUCGACCUAAAACACAUUGGGAUCAUGUUUUAGAAGAGAUGGUUUGGCUUUCAAAGGACUUUGAGUCUGAGCGGAAAUGGAAGUUAGCUCAGGCAAAAAAGGUUGCUUUAAGAGCUAGCAAAGGCAUGAUAGAUCAAGCUACAAGGGAAGAAAGGAAGUUGAAGGAAGAAGAGCAGCGGUUGAGAAAACUUGCUCUCAAUAUUUCAAAGGAUGUAAAGAAGUUCUGGGUGAAAAUAGAAAAGCUGGUGCUUUACAAGCAUCAGAUGGAGCUGGAUGAGAAAAAGAAAAAGGCACUCGACAAACACCUGGAGUUUCUUUUAGGGCAAACAGAAAGGUACUCAACAAUGCUGGCAGAAAAUCUUGUGGAAACUCAUAAACCUUUGCAGACGAAUUCUUCACAUGGGCUACACAAUGUUCACUUCCAAGAAAGGGAUGAAAACAGAACUGUUGAUGAACCCCCAGAGUUUAAUGAUGAACACGAGUCAGAUUUUGUGGACUUUGAUGAAGAAUUUGAUUUAAGAUCAGAAGAUGAAUCAGAAGAUAACGAGCAUACCAUUGAUGAAGACGAGGCCCUGAUAACUGAAGAAGAAAGGCAAGAGGAAUUGGAGGCUUUGCACAAUGAAGUUGAUCUUCCUCUUGAAGAGCUUCUUAAAAGAUAUAAAGGAGAGAAAGAUGGUAUGGAAGGAAGCCCUGAAACAAGUACAGGAGGAGCUGAAGAGACAGCAGGAGAAGAAGGUCAUGGAAAAGAGAAUGAAUGUUCUACAUCGCACAAGGUUGACGAAAUUGACUCACUUGGUUUCGCCGGUCGUCGUUGUAAUCAAAUAAAUGGGGAAUCAUCCAGUGUACAAAACCAUACAGAAAGAGAGAUCUGUGAAACAGAAAAUCUAUCCAUGCUAUCUAUGGAGUUUUCCAAGGACAAUGCAUUAUAUGAUUUCAGUGAAGAACAUGAAGAUGAUGACUAUGAUUUUGCUGGUGGAGAAGAAAAGGAUGAUGAAACAACUUUGUCAGAGGAGGAGAAACUGGAAAAUGUGGAUUCAAACAAUGCCAUGGAUGAGAUUUCAAUGCUGCAAAAUGAGAGUGAAAUACCUAUAGAAGAACUACUUGCAAGGUAUGAAAAGGAUCACGACAAUGAUCAUGAUUCAGAUAAUGAAGCUGAAAAUGCUUCUGAUUUUUCAGACACCCUUGUGGAUACUCCAUCUCAUGAAGAUAUUGAGCCAAAACAUCUUGAUGUCUGUGUGCAUGAAAAUAACGACCCCAGUAAAUCUCACUCAUCUGCAAGUUCACCUCCAGAGAGGAAAGGGUCCUUAGAAAGUUCUGAAGAAAGGGAGAGUGAGGACAGAAUUUUCGAUGCUGCAGCUGCAGCAAGAUCUGCACAACCAACCGGCAACACAUUCUCCACGACUAAAGUUCGUACAAAAUUCCCUUUCCUUGUUAAGCACUCUCUACGUGAAUAUCAACAUAUUGGCUUGGAUUGGCUUGUGACUAUGUAUGAGAAAAGACUAAAUGGGAUUCUUGCUGAUGAAAUGGGGCUUGGGAAGACAAUCAUGACCAUUGCUUUGCUUGCUCACCUUGCUUGUGAAAAGGGAAUAUGGGGUCCCCAUCUUAUUGUGGUUCCAACGAGUGUCAUGCUUAAUUGGGAGACUGAGUUUCUUAAAUGGUGUCCUGCUUUUAAAAUUCUUACUUACUUUGGAAGUGCAAAAGAGCGCAAGUUUAAGAGGCAAGGAUGGAUGAAACCAAACUCAUUUCAUGUUUGCAUAACAACUUACAGGUUGGUUAUCCAGGAUUCUAAAGUUUUCAAACGGAAGAAGUGGAAAUAUCUAAUACUAGAUGAAGCUCAUCUAAUUAAAAAUUGGAAGUCACAAAGGUGGCAGACUCUCUUGAACUUCAAUUCUAAACGACGGAUUUUACUAACUGGUACCCCCCUUCAAAACGAUCUGAUGGAACUCUGGUCCUUGAUGCACUUUUUGAUGCCCCACAUUUUUCAGUCUCAUCAGGAAUUUAAGGAUUGGUUCAGCAAUCCAAUUUCUGGAAUGGUAGAGGGGCAGGAAAAAGUGAAUAAGGAAGUUCUUGAUCGCUUGCACAAUGUUCUCCGCCCCUUUUUACUUCGUCGGCUGAAAAGAGAUGUAGAGAAGCAGCUCCCGAAGAAAUAUGAGCAUGUCAUAAACUGUAGAUUGUCAAGAAGGCAGCGCCAUUUGUAUGAAGACUAUAUUGCUAGUUCAGAAACACAAGCUACCCUUGCCAGUGGCAAUUUCUUUAGUAUGAUUAAUGUUAUUAUGCAACUUAGAAAAGUUUGUAACCAUCCUGAUUUGUUCGAGGGUCGUCCAAUCAUCAGUUCUUUUGAUAUGGCAGGCAUUGUCAUACAGUUGAGUUCUUCUGUAUGUUCUGCACUAUCACCUAGCCGGUUUUCUACAGUCGAUCUUAAGGGGUUGGGACUUCUAUUCACUCAUCUUGACUUUAGCAUGACUUCAUGGGAGAGGGAUGAAGUGAGAGCUAUUGCUACCCCAUCGAGUUUAAUCAAGGGGUGUACUGAUGUGAAUAAAACUGAGGAAAGUGGAGCUGGAUUUAGAUAUCGGAAGAGAUUCCAUGGAUCGAGUAUUUUUGCAGACAUUCAAAAUGCCAUUAUGGAGGAAAGAGUAAGGCAGGCAAUGGAACGAGCAGAAGCUACAGCAUGGUGGAAUUCCUUGAGAUGUGACAGAAAGCCAAUUUAUUCGGCAUCCCUUAGGGAUUUAGUGACGGUAAGGCAUCCGGUUUAUGAUUUAUACCAGCAUAAGGCGAAUCCCUCAUCCUAUUGUUAUUCCUCAAAAAUAGCUGACAUUGUCCUUUCACCAGUGGAACGUUUCCAGAUGAUGAUGGGCUUAGUUGAAAGUUUCACGUUUGCAAUACCAGCUGCACGGGCUCCACCGCCUCUGUGCUGGUACAGUAGAGGCCAUUCUGACGUGCUUCUGCAUCCAUCUUAUGAGCAAAAUUGCUCCCGACUCAUGUUUCCCCUUCUAACUCCAAUAAGAUCUGCAAUUAUUCGGAGGCAAGUGUAUUUUCCAGACAGGAGGCUGAUACAAUUUGAUUGUGGCAAAUUGCAGGAACUUUCUAUCCUGCUAAGGAAACUAAAAUCUGAAGGUCACCGAGCAUUAAUAUUCACCCAAAUGACAAAGAUGCUUGAUAUCUUGGAGGCUUUCAUCAAUCUGUAUGGUUAUACUUACAUGCGUCUGGAUGGAUCCACUCAGCCUGAGGAGAGACAGACGUUAAUGCAGCGAUUUAAUACCAACCCAAAAAUUUUCCUUUUCAUAUUAUCAACUCGAAGUGGGGGUGUAGGUAUCAAUCUUGUUGGUGCAGAUACUGUUAUCUUUUAUGACAGUGACUGGAACCCUGCUAUGGAUCAACAAGCACAAGACCGCUGUCAUCGCAUAGGACAGACACGUGAAGUUCAUAUAUAUCGUCUAAUUAGUGAGAGCACCAUUGAAGAGAAUAUCUUAAAGAAGGCAAAUCAGAAGCGUGCUCUUGAUAAUCUUGUUAUUCAAAGUGGUAGUUACAACACUGAAUUCUUCCAGAAGCUUGAUCCUAUGGAAUUGUUCUCAGGUCAUAGGUCUCUUGCCAUAAAAAAUAUGCAAAAGGAAAAAAAUCACCCCACCAAUGGAAAUGAGGUUUCUGUAUCUAAUGCGGAUGUGGAGGCUGCUUUGAAGUUUGUUGAAGAUGAAGCAGAUUAUAUGGCUUUGAAGAAAGUUGAAGAAGAAGAAGCUGUGGAUAAUCAGGAAUUUACUGAAGAGGUUAUUGGGAGGAUGGAAGAUGAUGAGUUUAUGAAUGACGAUGAUAUGAAGCUUGAUGAAGGUGGAGAUCAAGCUGGUGACAUUGUUAUGUCAAACAAAGACAAUGAGGCAAUAAUACAUGGAGCUAGUGAUCCUAAUGAAGAGAGAGCUGUAAUUGUAGCUACCAAAGAAGAUGAUGUUGACAUGCUGGCAGAUGUCAAGCAAAUGGCUGCAGCAGCUGCUGCAACUGGACAAACCAUAUUGUCCAUUGAUGAUCAGCUACGGCCAAUAGAUCGAUAUGCAAUACGUUUUCUGGAACUGUGGGAUCCUAUACAUGACAAAGCAGCUGUGGAAUCAGAUGUCCAGUUUGAGGAGACAGAAUGGGAACUGGACCGUCUUGAGAAGUAUAAAGAGGAGAUGGAAGCUGAGAUUGAUGAAGAUGAAGAACCUCUUGUAUAUGAAAGUUGGGAUGCUGAUUUUGCAACUGAAGCAUAUAGACAGCAAGUUGAGACCCUGGCACAACAUCAGUUGAUGGAGGAUUUGGAAUAUGAGGCUAAGCGGAAAGAAGAAGAAGAGGCUGAAAAUGAUCCCACGAGGAAUGCAACACCCAGUGAACCAAAACCUAAGUCUAAAAAGAAAUCCAAGAAAACCAAGUUCAAAUCUCUGAAGAAGGGUUCUCUUUCUUCUGAGUUGAAGUUGGUGAAAAAAGAAGCAUCGAUGGAGUUCAUGUCUACAGAUGAUGAAGAUAUAUGUAGUGAUGAUAUCCUUGAAUCAUUAUCAGCUCAGUCAAGCUUACAGAAAAAACGUAAGAGGGCUGAAUUUAGUCUUGAUAGCGAGUCAGGAAAAUCCCUGAAGAAAAAAUCUAAAAAGUUCAGGAAAAAUAUUGGGGAUAUUUCCUCACUUGAUCUACAGCCCAAUGCGUCAGGUGUGCAAUGUGAUGAAGCUAUAGAAGUUAAACCACGCGAGAAUGGUGUUGAUCUUGAACAUAAAUUAGUUGGCCGUAGUAGAAUGGGAGGGAAGAUAUCUAUUACAUCCAUGCCAGUGAAGAGAGUAUUAAUGAUAAAACCGGAGAAGCUAAAAAAGGGGAAUAUUUGGUCAAGGGAUUGUGUUCCUUCCCCAGACUUUUGGUUGCCGCAGGAGGAUGCAAUAUUGUGCGCAAUGGUACAUGAAUAUGGCACACAUUGGAGUUUGAUCAGUUCAACCCUAUACAGUAUGACUGCUGGUGGGUCUUAUAGAGGGAGAUACCGCCAUCCUGUUCAUUGUUGUGAGAGGUAUAGGGAACUCAUACAAAGGUAUGUCAUAUCUGCACCAGAUAAUCCUAAUAAUGAGAAGACCACAAAUGCUAGCUCUGGAAAAGCUCUUCUCAAAAUCACAGAGGAAAACAUUCGAGUACUGUUAGACAUAGCUGCUGAGCAGCCUGAUGGAGAGCACCUACUUCAGAAGCACUUCACUGCCCUGCUCUCAACCGUGUGGAAGGCUAGAUCACGUGGCGACUGUUGUUUAGAUACCUCACUUUAUCGGAAUGGUUUUUAUUCUGGUGGAAGGUAUUUUGCAACUGGUAACCACAUUUCUCGAUAUUUGGGAAGGGAAACUACAGGGAAGUUGAAAUUUGGUAACCCAGGACACAAUUAUAAGUUACUAGCUGCUGCACUUAGCGAUGCUGGUUGUAUGAGGAAAGAUGAUAAAAAGUCCCAUCCCUAUCAUGGGGAACGUGCAUCAGUCACUACAGAGCAGUUGGAGUUAAUACUCGAGUUCGAGGGGGAGGAUGAUCAUAACAUGCCAUUUCCAUCUUCCAUUAACUUAUCAGUAUCUGAUUCAGUUUACUUGCCCUUGAUGAACAUGGAUACAUGUGAAUCUUCCGAUGUUCGGAGGCGGAAGGGAGUUGCUGAGGGCCGAUUGAGGGAUGCUGCUAGAGCUUGUAAUGAAGAUUUCCAUGGAUGGGCUUCUUCUGUAUUCCCGAUAAAUGAUCUCAAGUCUCGCUCUGUGCCGAAAUCACAAUCGUUUGGAAAGCAUAAGCUGGCAGUCACUGACUCUUCCAAGUCUUCUAAAUCCAAGUUCAGAAAGACUGGAGCAGACCAUGGAGAGAGUUCCCACCUGAUUGCUGACCCAGUGGUGCAUCAGAUGCCAUCGGUUAUCCCGGAGGAUGUCCAUAACUUAUAUUCCCUCAGUUCACCAAUUAUUACAGACUACUCAUUCCCAUUUGGCAUGAAUGAGUAUCCAUCACCAGUAGAAGAACCAGAAAGUCUGGGGAUGGUCCCUGAUAACUAUAUCCCGGGUUUGAUUUCAGGUCUCGACAUAAGCCCCAACUUUACCGAUAUUGGCUAGGUUCCUCCACAUAUCCAACCAAGCCAUUUAUCUGAACUGAAGCUAUCUUAAUUACCACAGAACAAGGAUCAUUCUGAGGCCACUACCCAGUUAGCCAAGAUAUUAUGAUCAAGUUCCAACCUUCAACUUCCAUUGCCAGGAUGAAUCUGAUCUACUUCUCUUUCUGGGAAUUUCAUUGAAGGAUUUUGGCCAAUGUAGCUCUUUGCACAGGUUGGAUGCACGGUUUUCUUGUUGAGAAUCUAAGCAUCGGUUCGGGAGGACAAAAGAACCGAAAGGGACUCGAUAUUCGAUGUUCUUUGGGAAAACUGUGGUAGUUAUAUUGAGGAUUUUAGUCUCUGUUGCAUGUUUUCCCACAUAGGAUUGGGUAGGGCUGGAAAAAUGUUGAUAAUUGAAAUUUCUGGAAGAAAAUGAUAUACCCAAUUUUUGUCUAUUCUUUCA